AUGAGCGAUAUAACGUUGAUUAAGGAAAAAGCCGAAGAGUACAUUCAGUGGGAUCCUGUUGAGAGCACGCGAGAAGAAAUCCGUAAGUUGCUAACAGAAGAAAAAUGGGACGAAUUGCGCAAUCUUAUUCUCAAUCGUCUUGCUUUUGGAACGGCAGGUUUGAGAGGAAGAAUGGGAGCUGGCUAUUGCCGAAUGAAUGAUCUGGUGGUUCUCCAGACUGCGCAAGGAAUUUGCGAAUACAUUCUCUCUGUUUUCGGAGAAGAUGCGAAAAAGCGUGGAAUUGUGAUAGGAUACGACCAUCGCCGUUUGGGUGAUCUUUCCUCGAAGUCCUUUUUUGAUAUUUCCGUAAAGGUCUUCAACCAAAAAGGCAUUCCUGUGUACGGUUUCAAUCAGUUUUCCUUUACUCCCCUGGUGCCUUUCAGCAUUUCAGCCUAUCACUGCUGUGCAGGCAUCAUGAUCACCGCUUCCCACAACCCCGCAGCCGACAACGGCUACAAGAUUUACUGGGAAAACGGCUGCCAGAUCAUUUCUCCCCACGACGCCGGUAUUUCCCAGCAAAUUGCGGCAAAUCUCAAGCCCUGGUGCGACUACGCCGCUCUCCACAUGGUGGAAUUCGUGGAUGUGACCGAAGACGCCAUUGCCAAGUACAUGGCCUACACCACGCUGAAACUCCACACCAACUCCAACGCCCUCAACGAAACCUGCCCCGCGAUUCUCUACACGGCCAUGCACGGCGUGGGCUACCGCUUUGUGAAGCAGCUGCUGGACCACUUCCAUAUUCCGCCGUGCGCGGUCGUGGAAGCGCAGAUCGACCCGGACCCCACGUUCCCGACCGUUUCCUUCCCCAACCCCGAGGAAAAAGGCGCAUUGGAUCUGGCGCUGAGAACGGCGGAGUCCCGCGGGUUGCGGUAUGUGAUGGCGACGGACCCGGACGCGGACCGAUUCAUCUGUGCGGAGCGAUUGGAGGAGGGCUGGCAUGUGUUCAAGGGGGACGAGAUCGGGGCUGUGUUCGGGUUUUACAUGUGCAGCCACAGCAAAGCGGAGAAGAAAUGCAUGGUGAAUAGCGUGGUGAGCUCGAGACUGCUGCUGAAGAUCGCAGAACGGUUCGGAGCGCAUUGCGAGCAGACGCUGACGGGGUUUAAGUGGAUGGGAAACAAGCAGGAGGAGCUGGAGAAGGCGGGGUUCGAACCGAUGGUGACGUACGAGGAAGCGAUUGGUUACGCUGUGGGCGGAGCGUUGCGCGAUAAGGACGGAGUGUCGGCGAUGGCGAAGAUGAGCGAGAUUGUAGCGGAGCUGCAUGCGGAGAACCGGACAUUGUUCGGGUUUUUGCAGGAAAUAUAUGCGAAGUGCGGGUUCUUUACGACGCGCAACAGUUAUGUGAUUUCGAAUGACAAGGCGUACACCAAUCACAUUUUCGAACGAUUGCGGAACGAUGGCAAGUACCAAUUCAAGUUCGGGGAGUUCCAGAUCGCUUCGAUCCGCGAUUUGACCGUCGGUUAUGACUCGAAGCGAGGCUUCGAUGGGUUCAAGCCGAGCCUUCCGGUGGAUCCAUCGAGCCAUAUGAUCACGUAUGAGUUCGUGAAUGGCGCGUGUUUGACGCUGCGAACGAGCGGGACCGAGCCGAAGAUCAAGUAUUAUCUGGAAGUGACGCAUGCGGAGAAGGAGGAAUGCGAGAAACUGGGCGAUCGGAUGGAGAAGGCGAUCGUGAGUGCAGCGUUUGGCGAGCAGUCGAGUGUUUGUUACAAACAAUCAAAGUGUGAAACUCGUACAAAAGAGAGAAAUGCUGCUGCAACGCGCUGA